AUGGAGGCAGCUGAGCCUAAGGUUGAGGACAUCGAAUCGAACAAUGAAUCUCUAUCUAAUAUUAAUAAUAAUUCCGGAUCUGAGGUUUUUUUCAAGGCUCCUUUUGUCAAGCCACCAGUAAAUCGACAAAAAUCUACUGCUAAUGAUAUUUCAGAAAUACAACCACGGGUUGAUACUUCUAAGUGUUACAAGCCUCCUGAAUGGGCUCAGACUUGUCCCUCGGAAGCGAAUUACUUUAUUGAAGUAAUUAAAAACGGCGUUCCUCUACCUGAUGAUACAAUUCAUCUCUCUGGAGUAAAUCACUGUAUUCUUGGACGUCAGCCGGCUCCUCUUCUGAGCCCUAAUUUGGCCGAUGGACGAGUGUCCCUCCUUUUACAUCCCUCAAUUAGUCGUACGCAUGCAGUCCUCCAAUAUGGUUGUAAUGCAGAUUCCACCCCGGGUUGGUAUUUAUUCGACUUCGACAGCACUCAUGGGACAUUUGUGAAUAAGCACAGGGUACCUCCUGGAAGGUAUAUUCGACUUCGUGUGGGUUACGUCCUCCGUCUUGGAAGUAGUACUCGUCUCCUCAUUUUGAAUGGACCAGAGGAUGAUAUGGAGGAAGAAACUAAGGAGUCCUUUAGUGAGCUGGUCACGAAGAAAAGGAAAAAACUCCUUAAAACGGAGCGAAAUGAGCAGAAUCUGAAUGAGCUAACUGAAGAACUAGUCACUGGAAUCAGUGACAAUGUUGGUUCAUGUAAUUGGGGAAUAUCUGUUGAUGCCGAAGAGGAAUAUAAUGGUGAAAUAAUGCAACGACGAUUGGCAGAAAGCGGAAACUGCUUAAGUCAUGAAAAGAAUUAUGCUGAAGAUCCCAAGAAGGCAUUGAAAGCUUUCUUUGAUCGCGAAGGUCUUGAUCCGGAAUACGAAUUCGUCGAGGGUAAAUUCGGUCAACAAAUGUGCCGUAUUGAGUUACCACUUGAAGAGGGAACAGUGUAUGCGGAGGUCCCUCUGACUGGACGUAAGAAGAAGGAGGCUAUUGCAGCUUGUGCUUUGGAGGCCUGCAGGAUGCUUGAUCGUCUAGGCCAAUUCGACACCAAUAGAGGGGCUGAAGCCGUGAGACGAGCUCGUGAAAAGGCUUACUGGGAGGAGAAUGAUUACUACUCUUCUGAUGAAGAUACCUUCCUCGAUAGAACCGGUCAAGUUGAAGUUAGAAGACGUCAGCGCAUGCGACGUCUCGGAGUUGAUAAUGCUUCUCUCAAUCAUGAAAAUUCUAUCUCAAUGAAAACCGAUGAAGAUUCCUUUACUUUGCUGGCUAAACUGGAGGAGUUGGGAAAGGAGAUGAUCAGAUUGGAAGAUGAACUAAAUGCAGCAGAACGUGCCCUGGAAGCUACUGCUGAAAACGCGAAUGAAAUGGAUGAAUUGGAAGCCUAUAUGGAGGCUAUCAAAAAUGGGGCACCGAAGAGGGCUGAACGGCAGGCACUGAAGCGGCGUUUGGUUACAUUGCGUCAGGAAGAAGUGCGGCUGCUUCGUCGCGCGGGCAUUCGUAAUAAUCCCAUCCGUUUUUCCUCUUCUACUUCUUCAUCUUCGACAGCCUCUGCUGCCAUUCGGGCUACCCUUGCUAAUACUUUGAUCGAAAAAGUUGACGCUAAUUUUUGUUACUCUUCUAAGGUGCUUUAA